AUGUUUGACUCGGGGCAGGACAAAGACACGUUUCCAGGACCAGCAGAUGUUCCUGCUGCGGGACAAGAAGCAGAAGAAGAAGCAGCUGAGCGACGAUAUGGCUGAAGAUGUCCGUGGAUUCUGAAAACUCCUGUGUUUUGUUGUCAUCGCGAGACUCCAGGACGUCCUGCGUCUUCCAGACCGCUGACGAGAAAGAUGACAUCCCAGGAGUGGGAGAGGAGAGCGUCCUGGAGAUGCUGAGCUGCUCCAAGUUCUCCGACCUGGAGACGUGGCUGUGCAUGCCGUCCUCCCUGCUGCUGCCCAGAGUCCUGGACUCCACCAGAACCUCCUCCUCCUCCUCCUGCUCCUCACAUGCAUCCAACCGGUCCUCCGUCUCACCUCCAGCCUCCUCGUCCUCCUCGCCAGCCUCCCCCUCCAGACGCUCCACCUGCAGCGAGCCGGGAGACGCCGACACGCUCAGGUCGUCACAUGGAGACUGCAGCUUCCUGACUCCAGCUCUGGGGAAGGAGGCGUCCUUUCUGUCCACGCCGCUGCUGCCCGUCCUCUCCUCCACCCCCAAUGUGGCUGCAGCGCCCCCUGCUGGAGACUCCGCCCCCCACAGCGGCGUCAGCGUCAGGAAGCGCCGGCGACUCGCUGCCAGUCCUGGAGGACUCCACUGGACCUCUGCAGGUUUGGUGCAGCGCGACUUCUGGUCACCUGAUCUGUCUCCCGGGACGCCGCUGCGCAUCCCAGCAGGCGGAGGUGGGCGGAGCCUGCCUCUGACGGCGGUGGGCGGGGCCUCGGCGGCGUGGACCAACGACCGGGCGUCUCUGAGGAAGACGGUUUCCGUGGACGACCGUCUGCUGCAGCCGGCGGCUUCGGAGCAGCAACACCUGAAGCUGCUGAGCCGCCUGGACAGAGGACGCAGGAAGCUCCGCAACAUCCACAGUCUGGGAACGCCGAGUCGAUACGACACCAGGAAAAAGUCGGACAGUAAAAUCUCCCGGUUGGCUCAGAGGUGGAACCAGAAGCCAGCAGGAGAUGCUCUGAUCAAAGACCUGAGGCCUCUGUUCUACACGGGAAUCCCCCGAUCCUCGCUGAGCCUGGACAGCAGACGUCUCCCGACGGUCCUGACCCAGCAGAUGCAGAACCUGCAGUUGUCUCAGAGCAGGAAGGUUCCUGGAGGUCCGGCGUCUCCGAGCGCCGCCAAGCGCCUCUACAGGAACCUUUCGGAGAAGCUGCGAGGAAGCACCUCAUCCUUCGAAGAUGCCUACUUCUUUGGCAAGACGGAUCGACUCCGCAAAGCCUCGACGAUGCAGGGCAGCGACUGCAUCUUCGAGGCGGUGGAGCAGCAGGACCUGGACGCCGUUCAGAUCCUCCUCUACCAGUUUUCGGCCGAGGAGCUGGACCUGAACACUCCCAACAGCCAGGGCUUGACGCCGCUCGACAUCGCCAUCAUGACCAACAACACGCCCAUCGCCAAGCUGCUGCUGAAGGCCGGCGGCAAGGAGAGUCCUCACUUCGUGAGCGUGGAGAGUCGCGAGGCCCACCUGAGCUCGCUGGUGGUGGAGGCGGAGCGACGGGCGGCCGACCUGGCGGCUCAGGCCCAGAGGGACGGCCUCUCGCUGGAGGCCUGCCACAAGGACAAGCAGCUGAGGGCCUGGGAGUGGAGGAGCAAGCUGUACAAGCGCAUGAGGACGGGCUUCCAGCAUGCACGUGCCCCGGAGGCCCCGUCCAUGGUCCGUCUGAGCGUGAGCAGUAGCACCACGCUGACCGUCACCUUCCAGGAGCCGCAGUGUCUCAACUCCACCGUGGUGACCAAGUACAGAGUGGAGUGGAGCUGUCUGAAGGAUUUCUCUCUGUUAGCUGGAGAGCUGGUGUUGGAUAAUCUGCAGAGCCUGAAGUGCACCAUCAGCAGCCUCACCACGGGGCGACUUUACUACAUCCGAGUGUCGGCUUACAACAUGAAGGGCUGGGGUCCUCCUGCCUCUUCCCUGCCUCCAUCUGCUGCUCCGUCCAACUGGAGGGAGGUGGACGGCCGGGAGCCCCGGAGACGAGGCCACAUCGAGGCCAUGGAGCGUCUGCUGCAGCAGGUCCGAGCCACCCACACCCACUACUGCUGUGGAGAUGCCUCGAAGCUGCAGAACCCCAGCAGGAAGCAGUCGGUGUCCAGAAGUUUAAAACAUCUGUUCAACUCCUCCAACAAGUUUGUGAAAACACUAAAGAGGGGGAUCUACCUGGCUGCAGUGUUCUACCAUAAGGACAGUCUGCUGGUCACAGCCGAGGACCAGAUUCCCAUCGUGGAGGUUGAUGAUUCCUACAGCAGCUCCCUGAUGCAGGACUUCCUGUGGUUCACCAAGCUGUCCUGUAUGUGGGAGGACGUCCGGUGGCUCAGACAGAGCAUGUCGGUGUCCAUGUCCUCGUCGUCCACCCUGCAGGCCCGACACAAGAUGCUGACGGCCGCCGGACAGCUGCAGAGCCUCUUAGGAACCCACAACCUGGGUCGGGUCCACUACGAGCCCAUCAAGGAUCGCCAUGGAAACGUCCUGCUGGUCACCAUCAGAGACACCGAGAGUCAGCAUUCGCUGUUCAGCGGAAAAUGGAUGCAGGUGACCAAACUGCAGAGUCAGAGGAAGAGUCUGUCGACACCUGAGGAGCCGUACGCCCUGGACAUCCUCAUCAUCACCAUCCAGGUGAGCUCCUCUCAUCAUCACCAUCCAGGUGAGCUCCUCCUCAUCAUCACCAUCCAGGAAGGGAGGGUGUUUGUGUACCUGGGAGGUGAGCGGGACAGGGAGGAGUGGGAUUGGAUCCAGACGCUGUCGGCGGCAGGUGAGAAGGAGCGCAGCGGCGACGACGGCGAGGAGGCGGGGCCCCGAGCAGAAAGCCACGCCCCCUUACUGUUCUAUGAGCUGCAGACGGCGAUCAAGGCCCUGCUGAAGCACAUCAACCUACCUCUGCACCAGGCCCGUCACUUCCGGCUCUACAGUCAGGAGGUGGUCGAACUCGGUCACGGCGUCUCGUUCCUGCUGCUGCUGCCGGCGGCCGACGAUGUUUGCUCCGCCCCCGGACAGUCCAACCCUUACACCCCGCUGUCAGGCUUCCUCCACCUCCCCCUGCAGAUGUUCGAACUCGAUUUGAUUAAAGUCCUACUUCCUGCUUCGUUAACCUCUUUCCUGUUUGCGUUCCUGCAGCAGCUGGAUGAAAUGCGUCGUGACCUGCGCUGGAUAACGGACGCGCUGCAGUACGCCCGCUACAAGCAGCCCCGCGGCGGCGUCCCGGUCACCUGCCUGGUGGACGCCAACGCCCCGGAGCCCGACCCCAGCCAGCAAAAGACCGACUCCACCUCGUCCACCAUGGACUACCUGCCCACGCCGUCGCCGUCGCCGGAGCUGCGCCGCAGGAAAGGCAUCAGCGACUCUCUGCUCGGCUCCGACGAAGACGCCUCCUCGGAGGUUUUCCUGCCGACCGACAGCGACUACGACUCCAGCGACGCUCUGAGUCCCCGAGAGCUCGACCUGCUGUACUCGCCGGCCGCCGACCUUUCCCAGCAGGCCGUCCUGUCGCUGGGCGGCAGCGCCCCGGACGUGCUGCAGAUCCACGAGCUCAGGUACAGCGUCUGCCCGCCCAGAGACCUCCCCCUGUCUCCGGGGGUGAGGGACAAGUCCUCCCCUCUGCUGCCCACCUCCCCGUCCCUGCCUUUGUCUCCGGCUCUGUCCGACACCACCAAGACUCUGGAGGGUCUGCUGCUGUCCAAAGAAGGCUCCGCCCCCCUCAGGGCCCUCGCCAACCCGCCCGCCAAACGCAAGCUUCUGUCCCGGAGCCACCGGGGGCAGUACUUCAGCGGCCCCCAGCGCUGGCUCCGGGGCCACAGCGAGAACGCCACCGGGUCCCUGUGCGAAGGCGUCUACACCAAGCAGCCGGACCCCGACCUGCCGCUGCCGGACCCCGACCUGCCCUCGCCGCAGGGCAGCACCUACGUCAGCCACGCCUCCUGCGUCCUGGAGAGCCGCAAGGGCCGCCACCGGGAGCCGAGGCCCCACGUCCGGAGGAUCUUCGUGGAGCCCUGCAAGGAGCCGAGCUGGGAGGAGGAGCAGGCCGGCGACGCCAGCGAGGCGGUGAAGGCGGCGGGCGUGUCAGUGGUGGUGGCGCAGGCGGAGUCGGGAGGUGAGGGGGAGGAGCCAGAGGGAGCCGCCGCCCAGGAAGUGGACUCUGACGACCAAACCAACGCGCAGGUGUCGGAGAUCCUCAGCAGCACGCUGUAGGACACGCAGCGUCGACUUUCCGGCCAGCAGCGCUCCGACCUCCGCAGAUUGUAAACUGAACUAAAGUUGCUGGUUCAACUCCGCCAAGCCUCAGAACCCAUGGCUUCGACUGUUACGCAGAAAUAAUCAAUGCAACGAGAAACCGAGCACUGCUUCUCCAACCAGGAACUUUGCACACGACUCCGAUCGUCGACCAAAAACGGACUAAACGGCGGCUUGACUCUUGGUUUCCUCCCCGGUUUGGUUCGACUCUCCCGGCGGCCGUCCUCAGCAUGGAUCUCCUCUACUUGAAGUGAAUGUACAGUUCGUCUGUUCGUGGUCUCCUGUGGCGAUUGAGCUUUUACUUUUAAUGUGGUCGUAUCAACUUGUGGUCGAUUUAAAGAAAACGUAUAUAUUUACCCUCCGAGCACGUGAGCUGCCUCAGUCACUGAACAGACCACUAAAGUAUUUUUGUAUUCUGGAUUUGCAGAUGUACUAUUUUAUUCGGAGCUGUGUUUUGUUGGCAUGAAGUAGUUUGUAGCUGCUGGUUUCUUUGGACUGAAGCUUCGUCGUCCAGUUCGUGCCUCUUCAGGACGACCAGGCCGGCGGUUCGUUGGGCUUCGGCCUCGACCCGCCGGCCGGUCGCUCGGUCGACCCGACGCUGUUUGUGUUGUGCUGUUUUGUCGACUUUUUGUUUCUUCGGCUUCAUCACCGUCGCUGCAGUGUUCUCGGAGGCUGGUGAUGUGUUUUCUCUGCAGUUUUUUACUCACAACAAGCACCAAACCUGACUGACUGCGUUAUGAAACAGUUGGAUGUCACCCAGACGCCGAUGAUUCCCACUGGAUCAGCGGCUCACUUUACUUCUCCCAGUUUAACAGAAGACUGUUUCCUCCAGUGAACACGUUUUAAAAAUCAUUCAGAGCCCAGAGUAGAAAUACGAAGCACCUGAAGGGAUUCUACCUGUGACCGCUGACAAAGUGUCUAAAAUGAGGCACGUUUUGUCCAAAACUAGUUGAAAACUGUCAAAAAUGACUCAAGAUUUCUUUAAAAUGGCUCUAAAACUAUCGGAAGUUAUGCAAAAUACCAAGUGCUCUCCCAGAAUAGUCUUCCUAAAUGACUCAGCGUCCAAACUGUCUUUGAAUUUGUCCAAAAUUACUCAGAAUUUCUCCAAAAUAACAUAAACUGUGUUAAGUUGAACUGUUACUGUAUUCGUCUAAAAUAAUAUGAAAGUUGUAAAGAUGAAAGUAAAACUACAGAACUUGUCCUAAGUGAGUUCAGAUUGUUCAGAAUGACUCGAAAAUGGUCCAAAACAACAAAACUUGUCCCAAAUGACUCAAAAUAUGUCCAGAAUGAGUUCAGACUGGUUCUAAAAUCAGUUCAAAAGACGACUCAAUAAUCAUCUGAAAUCAGUUUAACUUUGUCCAGCAGCACUCAGAAGUUAUUUCAAAUGAAUGUCCAGACUUAGAAUGAGUUGAAAUUGUCCAAAAUGACGAAUACUUGCUCAGAAUUACUCAUGAAUUCUCCAGAAUCUCCUCAAAUUCCAUAAAUACCUCAAAGAUGACUUAAACGGACAUAAACGUGUCAAAAAUGACUCAAAAAUUUCCCAAAAGAUUCGUUCAGAAUGAUUCAAAAGUUGCUUAAGAUUCGUUUGAACUUGUCUGAGAUCAGUGUUCUCGUCCAAAAUGUCUCCAGAUUUGGUUUAAAACGAGUUAAAAUGGUCCAAAAUGAGUUAAAAAUAAAAAUAAAAUGUACAUAAACUUGUCCAACAGUAGUUAAAAAACAACAGAACUAGUCUAUCUCUCUGUCCAUGACGGCUCUAACGUUGGCCAAAGGUUCAAACUUUGUCCAGGUAACUUCCUAAAUGUUUCUUAAGUUCCUGCUGUGGGGCCUGAAUGCUAAUAAAGAUCUAAACUGGUAGUUUGUAAUCUGACUUCAGAUACAGUACUCUGCUGUGAGAAGUAAUCUGAUUACUGCGAGGCGAUGCGGUCCAGCGGUACCGGAGGUUUGGGUGAUUUGUCACAGCUGCUGUUUACUGUAAAACUGGGCGAGUCGAGAGCUGUUUGAACAUGCACAGAUUCUUUAUGCACACUAUUUAAAGUUUUAAUGUUUGCACAUUGCAACUAUGGAAUAAAAGCUAAUUGAAUAUGGAUGCAGUCGGGCAUUAACUGGCAGCUUCUGUGUGACUGACUGUAAAGCUUCCUGUUUGAAUGAGAGUUCAGCUUCACGACCAGACGUCCCUCAACUCUUUAUUCCUGCUGAGUUUCAUGAAAAGAUCCAAACCAAGAUCACGUCUGCUCGCUGACUUCUCUCCUGUCUAAUCUGAGCAAAGCCUCGCGUGAAGAAGCACAGACUCCUACUGUUGUUAUGCUAAGCUAGGCUAACUGCCUCCACCGUUAUAAAGCAGUUUCAUCCUGUAAAAAAUGGACAAUUAACAUAAAAACUCAGAUCAAAAGUCACCACGAGAUCCAGAUCUCACUGAACAAGCCUCCUGAUAGAAUCUGUUUUCACAGUUUGUCUCAAACACAAACCGUUUGAAGCGACAGAAACGGUUUCUACACUCAGAAAAUCUACUUUUAUGCAGAUACCAUUCAGCCUGAACAGAUUUGUUCAGACGCAGACCUGAUGUUGGUGUCAGUCUUCUCAUGUAACGUCUCCAGAUGUCAAACUGUUCCUGAUUAAAACAUUAAACUGCAGCUUGUUGGAACUUCAGCUUCACUUUUGUAGCUGCAGCCAUCAGUUCUAACAUUAGAUCAACGUUUGGUCUUCCUCUUUCAUUUAUUGUCACCGCUGGUGUUUUUGUCCAUUUGUCAAAAUAACACAAAACUUUCUAAAACACAAAAACACAAAUUGCACAAUUGCCUGAUUUAAACCUGACUUAAAGACCAAAUUAAACCUCAGUUAAACCUGACUUAAGCUGAUUCAAACCUCAUCUAAAGCACAAUUUGAAACUUUACUAAAUCUUAUUUAAGCUGAUUUAAAUAUGACCUGAAACCAGACUUAAGCCUCAAUAGACCUGAUUUAAACCUCAUUUAAAGCCUAAAUUAAUCCUGACUUAUAGAGCCAGUAUGUAUCUUAAUUUAUACUUCAUUUAAACCUGCCUUACAGCUGGAUAAACCUGGUUUAAACCUGAUUUAGAGCUGAUUUGAACCUCAUUUGAAGCCUAAAAUAAUCCACACUUAAAGCCAGUAUGUACAUCAAUUUACAGAUCAUUUAAACCUGUCUUAAAGCUGGAUUAAACCUGUCUUAAACCUGAUUUAAACCUCAUUUAAAGCCUAAAUUAAUCCUGACUUAAAGCCAGUAUGUAUCUUAAUUUAUACUUCAUUUCAACCUGCCUUACAACUGGAUUAAACCUGGUUUAAACCUGAUUUAGAGCUGAUUUGAACCUCAUUUGAAGCCUAAAAUAAUCCACACUUAAAGCCAGUGUGUACAUCAAUUUACAGAUCAUUUAAACCUGAUUUAAAGCUGAUUUAAACCUAACCUAAAGCCGAUGCGGACUUGAUUAAGUUACGUGACGACCACAAAGGUGUGAAAACUGUUGGCUGCAGCUACGAAAACGAAAGCUGUCGUAAACAGUGGAAAGCGGACGAGUUUUAUUUUGAAGCUCAGGUUUCAGAAGGUUUCUUGUUCAUCCUCGGGAGCAGAAUGUCGUUUUUCUGUUUGGCCUGGACUGUGACUCACUUUAUUUGUUUCUCUGUUUCAUGUUUCCUCCUCCAGUGUUUUGUGCAGAUCCUAAAAAGCUGGAAAACCUUCUAUCUGUAUAUUUUUGCAUCGUUUAUCCCGACAGGCGCCUGCGUCCGGGCCGGACUUUAUUUAUUUGCAGCUGCAGGACUGCGUUGAGAAAAGCUCACCUGGAUGGAUGUACUUUAACAGCUGAAAUAAACUUUGUCUCAUGUGGGUGUCGUGCACUUAAA